AUGUCAUCCCCUACUACAAAACUGGAGGCUGAACUGAGCUGUUCUGUUUGCCUGCGCAUCUACAGGAACCCUGAGUUUCUUCAUUGUGGACACAACUUCUGCCGUGACUGCUUGUGCAAGGGAUGGGAAAACCAGGACACAACAAAGAUUUACAGUUGCCCUGAGUACCGGGCGGAAUUUAGGGAGCUUCCUGUUUUACAGAGAAACAUCAAACUUGCUAGCAUCGUUGAACAUCUCCAAGUUGUCAGAGAGUCAUCUUUGUAUUCCCUGGAGUCAUCAGAACCUUCGCUUGGGCAGGGAGGUGACAGUGGACAUUCUGAAACUCUACCUGUCAUAGCAGACUGCCCAGAGCAUGGGGAGCCCUGGGAGUAUUACUGUCCUCAGCACAAGGCUUGCCUCUGCCGGUCCUGCCAGGAGAGCCAUAAGGACCAUAGCUGUCAGUUGCUGGACAAGGCCAUGGCACAGAUGAGGGUUGUGCUAAUGGGAGAGAUUGGGAGGCUGGAGCAGUCACAGAAGGCUUUGCAGGAAGUUGUGAGCUGGUUGCAGGAUGCACAGGAACACGUGAUCGCUGACCGGAGCAGGCUUAAGAAGCAAAUCUCUGGGCUGUUCCACAUGAUCCAUGAAAUGGUCUCAGCAGAUGAACAGAGCAUAUUGGAUUUUAUUGAUGGUGAGGAGAACCGUCAGCACGCUAGACUGGACUCAUACGAAGGGGAGAUGCAGAAGAAGAAGGAUGCCUCAGAACAGCUCCUUGUUGAAGCACGGGAAUUACAGCAGAAUCCCAUGCCAGACUGGGAGUUUGUGAAUUCCUGCCAGAAAAUGUUGGAGAAGCUUUUGAAAGUUGACAUCCACAUUCAGGGCUACACAUUGACAAAAUGGGAGCUGGACAGGGCUUCGGUUAAACAAAUUGAAAAAGAGGGCAAGACAUUAGCAAGAAGGUUGGGCAAAAUGAUUCAAGAUAGGCUUAGCCAUAGUCAAGAGAUCCUGUUGAAACUAACUGUGCCUACAAGGUCACAGGCUUGGAGAAAUAUGAGCAAGAUCCAAAAGAGCCCCCCUCAGUUACAAUUACAGAGAGCCAAACUAACACUGGACCGCAAUACUGCUCACAGCAAUCUGUGCCUGUCUGGAGACCUCUUGUCUGCAGAGUGGGUAGAAAAAGGACAGGUAUUUCCCUCCCACCCAGAACGCUUUCGGCUGCACCCCCAAGUCCUGUGCUCCCAGGGUUUCUCAACAGGGCAGCAUAUGUGGGAGGUGGUUCUGUCAGGAGGUCGGAGGUGGGAGGUGGGAGCCACCUGCAAGGGUUCCAACCAGUCCUGGGUGGACACCUGCAUUGCCUGGGCCCUCCGCUGGGACGGUCGACGGCUGCAAGCCUUCGAAGGCCCUACCCGACACUCCAGUUCAACACUGAGCUCUGUUCUGCAUGCCCCUGGCAGGAUGAGGGUAUGUUUGGACUGUGAAAGGAGAACCCUCUCCUUUUUUGCUUUAGAGGAAGAGGUUAUUCAGACCACCAAAGGAGAGAUUAAGAAAAGGACCCAACUUCACACAUUUCAUAUCAAACCUACUGGUCCUAUCUUCCCUGGAUUCUAUUUGGAGCAGUCCAGUGUCAGGAUCAUACAGAACAAUUCCAACACAAAUGUAGUGUGA